AUGGGAACUCAAACAUUCUUCCACCAUAGAGAGGAGGAACAAAAGGAGGAGAGGCAGCAGAGGUUGCAAAUGACCUCCACGACUAGAAAGAAAAGGUUCAAAACCAGUGAGGAAGAAGAAACUUUCAGCCUUUCGGAGUUAUCCAUAGCAGCUGCCCUUGCCUUGACCUCUGAAACACCACGGAAUUACAAGCUAAGAAGAGAAGCUGCCAUCUUAGAGCUUGAGCAGAGGGGGCAGAAGAGAGUUUGUUUUGGGAAUGAGAUGGAAAAGUUGGAAGAGGAGGUUAUUAAGAACUGCAGACUGCUGCGUGUGAGAGCCGACCGGAGAGUGCUUCGGAGGAAGGCUGUAGAAAAGGCACGCAGGGAGAAGGAAUGCAUUGAGCUGUGUUCGGGUCGAGCACCUAUGUUCUGGAUCCCCCUCAGAGUACACGCAGUCUGGGAGAGGAUGGAAGUGACACUGACAUGUACAGUCCUGGCUUCCCCACUGCCACAGGUGACCUGGUAUAAAAAUGGAGUCCCAAUUGACCUCCGUUUAGCCCCAGCAGGAAAAUACAAGAUCAAAAACAAGUUUGGAAUGUUGACCUUGCGCAUCAGCAGAUGCUCCAUGGAAGAUUCUGCUGAAUACAGUGUUGUAAUUGAGAAUCAGUAUGGCAAGGCUUACUCAUUUGCUACAGUGCUUGUCAGGAACUAUUACGGAAAGGAGUCGGGCUUUGAUUCGGAAAUAUACAGGAGAUCUCUUCUUGCCAGAGAGGCAGACUUUGCCUCCUCGCUGAAACCACUAUUUUCAAGAGAAAAGGAGCCUUUCACCCUCUCCUGUUACUUCACUUCUGAUUUACUUGAACAUCAGCGAAACAUUACCUGGUUCAGAGAUGGUGAGUUGCUGCAGAACUCAGAACAUCAGGAACUUAAGUAUCAAGACCAGGAAGCUUCUCUAAGAGUGUCAUGUGCUUACAAAGAAGAUGAGGGGUUCUACACAAUCCGUGUCCCCUCACUGGGUGGAUGCAAAGAGCAAACCACUUAUGUGUUUGUUCGAGAUGCUGCAGCAGAAUCAGCUGGUGCACCUGGAUCCCCUCUCAAUGUGAAAUGCCACGACAUAAAUAAAGAUUGCUUGAUUCUUUCUUGGAUAGCUCCCAGUGAUGAUGGAGGAAGCCCAAUCCUUGGAUAUUUUAUUGAAAGGUGUACGGCUGGGUCAGAGAACUGGGUUCCAUGCAAUGAAAAGCCUGUGAAAACCUGCAGAUACCCCGUGCUGGGCCUUGCUGAAGGACAGGCAUAUCAGUUCCGAGUGAAGGCUGUCAAUAAAGCGGGGAUCAGUCAUCCUUCAAAAACCAGUGAUCCAGUUAUAAUGUAUGACCCCAGCAAAGGCAAGAGAGUGACAGUUAUUCCAUAUGAUGAAGGCAGGAUGAUAGAAAUUUUCAAGGAUGACCUAGAAGGACACAUUAAGAUUCCCCUGCCACCCACCAAUGUUCACGCAAGUGAGGUCAGGGAAGAUUAUGUGGCUUUGGCCUGGGAUGAACCAGAUCCGAGAGGCAGAGAACCACUGCAAUAUUAUGUGGAAAAGUUGCUUGUGGGCAGCAACUCCUGGCAAAUGGUUAAUCUGGAUAUGCCAGUUAAUUCCCCAAGAUUUGCACUCUUUGAUCUCACUAAAGGAAAACCGUACCGUUUCCGAGUGCGGUCCAUUAACAAGUAUGGAAUCAGUGAGCCAUCCCUGCCCAGCGAACCCAUCACUGCUGGAGCAAAACUUGCUCCUUUACCACCACCGUCUCAGGUUUUAGCUUUCAGAGACACCAAGACAUCUGUUGUUUUGCAGUGGGAUAAAUUAAAGGAUGGUCUGGAACCUUUGGGCUACUACAUAUAUUGUCGGGAGACUGGGACAGAAGAAUGGCAAACUGUCAACAAUAAGCCCGUGAUGUGUAAUGAAUUUACUGUCCCUGGGCUGAAAGCUGGAAAGGAGUAUGUCUUUUGUGUGAAAUCUGUCAGUGAGGCAGGAUUGAGCGAAAGCUCUCCAGAAACAGACCCUAUCACUGUAAGGCCAGCAAUAGCUCGCCCAUCAGCACCACGUGGGUUUGUUCUGCUGAGCUGUGGGAAGACCAGCAUGACCAUCGGCUGGAAACCCCCGAAGCGUAAAGGAGGAACAAAGAUUCUGGGUUAUUUCCUGGAUCAGCAUGAUGCAUCUGAGCUGGAUUGGCAUGAAGUCAAUAGUCAGCCGAUUCCUCAGCGAGUUUACACGGUUAGCAACCUUGAAGAAGGCCAUCUGUAUGAAUUCUGUGCAUGUGCAAUGAACAUGGCAGGUGUUGGGGAAGUAUCUGAGCCCAGCGACUUGUUCAGAUGUGAGGAAUGGACAAUGCAAGAACCAGGUCCUCCUUAUGAUGUGAAGUUCUCUGAAGUGAGAGACUCUUCCCUGAUGCUGCACUGGCAAGCCCCAUUGUACACAGGUGCAGGUCCAGUUACAGGCUAUUAUGUAGACAUGUGUGAAGAAGGGACAGAGGAAUGGAAGCAAAUAAACAAGCAGUCCACAGCUGCCACUCAUAUGAAGGUUUCAGACCUAGACACAGGGAAAUGCUUUAUUUUCCGAGUAAGAGCGCUGAACAAGGCUGGAAUUGGACCCCCUUCACUUGCCUCAGAUCCAGUGGUGGCCAAAAGCAAGCCAGGCACAAAUGAAAUUGAACUCGGGGUGGAUGAAGAAGGGUUCAUUUAUAUGGCUUUUGAAGCUCCUGAAAAGAAUGACUCCUCUGAAUUUAUCUGGUCAAAGGACUAUGAAGGACCACCAGAUGCUGACAGAGUUCAGACAGAAGAGAAAGGCAAUAAAUCUAAGCUUAUAUUGAAAGAUCCAUCAGAAAAGGAUCUUGGAAUAUAUUCAGUGGAGGUUACAGACGUAGAUGAUGAUAUCUCUGCCAGCUGCACUUUAACACAAGAAGAUCUGGACAAGUUACUGAAACGUAGCCAUGAAAUCAGGAACCCACUAAUAAAGCUGAUAUCUGGAUGGAAUGUUGAUGUUCUGGAGAAAGGAGAAGUGCGGCUGUGGCUGGAGGUUGAAAAGCUGUCACCAAAUGCAGAGCUGCAUUUAAUCUUCAAUGAGAAGGAGCUUACAAGCACACCAACACAUAAAAUAAACUUCGUCAAAGAGAAAGGUCUGGUUGAACUGAUAAUCCAGAACUUCUGUGAUGACGAUAAAGGAGUGUACACAGCCCAGCUGCAGGACGGAAAAGCUAAAAAUCAAUUCACCCUUGUUCUUCUGGAUGAAAGUUUUGAUAAAGUUGCAAAGGAAGCUGAUGCAAAACGAAGGGAAUGGAAGAAAAAGCAGGGGCCAUAUUUUGUAGAGAAUUUGAAAUGGAAGGUUACCGAGAACUGUGAAGUGCUCCUUACCUGCAAGGCAACAAAUCUGAGAAAGGACACCAGCUUCCAGUGGUUCUUCAAUAAGAAAGCCCGAACAGGUGGUGUGUUUGACCCAAGGACUGGGAUAGGAACUCUCCAUAUUAAAAAGAUAACCAAAGCAGAUGAGGGUCAAUACAAAGCAGUUGUUUCGGAUGACCGAGGAGAGGACUACACCCAACUUGAUCUCAUAAAAGGAACCUUUGAAGACCUUCUCAAGGAGCUGUGUAGGAUCAGUGCUCUUUCUGCUACACCUCUGAAAAUUCAGCCUACUGACGAAGGCAUCAAAAUCUACACAGAUGUGAAGUACUACACAGACUACAUGAAAACAACCUGGUUUCACAAGGAGAAGCGACUGGAAAUUCGUGACAAACUGAAAGCUGGGAGCACAAUGAAUCAGAUCUGGCUCCACAUACUGAACCCAACAGAUACAGAUAAAGGAAAGUACAUCCUGGAGUUAUUUGAUGGGAAUGACUCUCACAAGCUGUCAACUGACUUGUCUGGGCAAGCCUUUGAAGAUGCUCUGGCUAAGCACAGAAGGCUAAAAGAAGCAGCAAUUGCAGAAAAGUGUCGUGCCAGAGUUGUUCAAGGUCUGCCAGAUGUAGCCACCAUCAUGGAGGAUAAGACCCUUUGUUUAACUUGCUGUAUCUCUGGAGAUCCUUACCCAGAAAUCACUUGGUUCAAAAAUGAGAAAAUGAUCGUCUUUAAAGAUCGGUACAGAAUGGAUGUGAAGGGGACAGUUGUCACGAUUACGAUAGAGAAAGUCUGCAAUGAAGAUACGGGAAAAUACAGCAUCUACGUUAAGAACAAAUAUGGCUCCGAAACAGGGCAGGUGACUGUCAGUGUCUACAAGCGUGGAGAGAUACCCAUUGGAAUGGAAGAAAAGGAAGACCCAAGUGAGACCAUAACAAGAAAGCCUAAAUGAACCAGGCAACUAUAUCUCAGUGAAUUUAGAAGGAAUUUAACCCCUUUGGUUUCUUUUGAGUGUCUCCACCCUAAAAUUUAGGCUCAUUCCUUUAUUUUUGUUUCAGUAAUGUUGCAGUAUUUUCACUUUUUGGUUGCUAGAAAACAAUUCUCCUUUGUAAGUAAUUCUCGAGUUUUUUACUGUGAGAGUGGUGAGGUGCUGGAGCAGCUGCCCAGAGAGGCUGUGGAUGCCCCGUCCCUGGAGGUGU